UAACUGCCAUCGUAAUGAGCGGGAACAUUUGAUUUAAAUAGCGUUGGUGCGGUGUGUCCCUCGCGCUCCGCCGUAGCCGGCCUUAUCACGGCGCACCGGAAGAGAAGCCGUCCUUUCCCCCGCAGACUCCAACAUGGCCAGAGGACCGAAGAAGCACCUGAAGCGCGUCGCAGCGCCGAAGCACUGGAUGCUGGACAAGCUGACCGGAGUGUUUGCUCCUCGUCCUUCCACCGGUCCCCACAAGCUGAGGGAGUGCCUGCCCCUCAUCAUCUUCCUGAGGAACCGCCUCAAGUACGCCCUGACCGGAGAUGAGGUGAAGAAGAUCUGCAUGCAGAGGUUCAUCAAGAUCGACGGCAAGGUCCGCACCGACGUCACCUACCCUGCUGGGUUCAUGGACGUGAUCAGCAUCGAGAAGACCGGCGAGCACUUCCGUCUGAUCUACGACGUGAAGGGACGUUUCACCGUCCACCGCAUUACCGCCGAGGAGGCCAAGUACAAGCUGUGCAAGGUGAAGAAGCUGAUGGUCGGCACUAAGGGAAUCCCUCACCUGGUGACCCACGACGCCCGCACCAUCCGCUACCCCGACCCCCUCAUCAAGGUCAACGACACGAUCCGCAUCGACCUGGAGACUGGCAAGAUUACAGACUUCAUCAAGUUUGACACCGGUAACCUCUGCAUGGUCACCGGAGGUGCUAACUUGGGGCGUAUCGGCGUGAUCACCAACAGGGAGCGUCACCCCGGCUCCUUCGACGUGGUUCACGUCAAGGACAGCACGGGCAACAGCUUCGCCACCAGGCUCUCCAACAUCUUCGUCAUCGGCAAGGGUAACAAGCCGUGGGUGUCCCUGCCCAGAGGAAAGGGAAUCCGUCUGACCAUCGCCGAGGAGAGAGACAAGAGGCUCGCCGCCAAGCAGGGCAGCAGCUAAAGAGACGAGCUAACAGCUGGUUUUCAAAUAAACUGUUAUUUACAAAACACG